AUGGCAACCCGGCUAGAACAACUGGCUGUUCACAAAGCCAGCCUUCUCAGAUCUCCCGACCGGCGUUCUGUCUACUGGCUCGACGAGUUGGCACCAGUGAGGACUUCCACGACAACAUUUAGGCUGACAGCUCGCGGGGCUCAGCUAUGCAGAGGCAAACCGCUGUGGUCGACUCCGCACCCACUCAGGUCUCCCGUCUGGCGGGUGAGUGAAGGCGCCCUGAGGGCCUGUGCCUCCCAGCGUGUGUGUGCGCUGGCCCUGCCGCGCCCCCCUGCUGUGGGCUGGCUCCCGGACCGCCCGCCGCCCCCCCCUCUGUCCCAGCCAAGGCUGAGGCCGCGGGUGGAGGCCACGGACGGAGGCCCCAGGCUGAGGCCGCGGGUGGAGGCCACGGACGGAGGCCCCAGGCUGAGGCCACGGGUGGAGGCGGGUCAGGGGUUCAGGACCCCACCCAUCGCCCGCAAGACGCCCGCGGCCACGCCCCGCGUGGAGCAACUCGCUACCCCAAAGCGUACCCCCCCCGGGUACCUGUGUGGGCGUCCUUCCAGCUGGCCGGUGCCCGGGUCUGUGCGCCGUGCGGUGCCCAGCCUGAGGGUGCGAGAGCUGGCCAGCCCGAGGCAGAGAGAGGCUCUCUUCCAGGGCUACGACCCCUACGCCAUCAGCGCCGGCGCUCUGCUAGCUAAACCAUCGCCACGGCUACAAGAGCUGGCUCUCCCCCUGCCCAGGAAGUGCAGGAGCGAAUGA